AUGUAUUUUGUCAGGGAUCUGGAAUAUGCAAACACAAACAAACGGGGGAUUAUCGCCGUGCUUGGCUCCCGGCCCUGCAAGCGCCCGCUAGCCCUCGGCGCGCCCGUCGAGCCCAGCGGGGACGGGGCGGCCGGGGACGCGCGCCCGGCCGGGAGCGAUUUAUACAUUUCCCGGGAUUUACACAACUCUCCAACGCACGCUCAUGUGCCCGAAAACACAACCCGCGGCACCGCAAGAGAGGAGACCGGGGCUGCUGCCACCGCCCGGGUCUCCGGAGCACUGGGCAGAGAGCUGGUCCGGCUCGUGUAUCACGGGCUGCGGGGAGCAAGAUCUUCCCAAAUGCCCGGCUGUGCCGCGGCGUGGGAAAGCGCCUCAGAGAGGGUUUGCUCUGCUGGCGGUGCGGAGGCGUGCUGUGCCGAGCCUUGCCGUGCCCGCAGCCCCCCCGGAUUUAUUUAUCUCUGCCCCCGCGCCGUGCACACGAGGAAGCGACCUUGCGAGGAAACUACCUCAGACAGCGAUAUGGACGAGACUAUAGACGUGGGGAGCGAGAACAACUACUCGGGGCAAAGUAAUAGUUCUGUCAUUCGAUCAAAUUCCCCAACAACAACAUCUCAGAUCAUGGCCAGAAAGAAAAGAAGAGGGAUUAUAGAGAAAAGGCGCCGUGAUCGUAUAAAUAACAGUUUAUCAGAGCUGAGGCGGCUUGUGCCAACUGCUUUUGAAAAACAAGGAUCUGCCAAAUUAGAAAAAGCGGAAAUACUGCAAAUGACAGUGGAUCAUCUGAAGAUGCUGCAGGCAACAGGAGGGAAAGGUUACUUUGACGCCCAUUCCCUGGCCAUGGAUUUCAUGAGCAUCGGUUUCCGGGAGUGCCUGACAGAAGUCGCGAGGUACCUGACUUCGGUGGAAGGCCUGGACACAUCCGACCCGCUGCGCGUCAGGCUCGUGUCUCACCUGAGCACCUGCGCCUCUCAGCGGGAAGCUGCCGCCAUGACCUCCUCCAUGGCGCACCACCACCACGGCCUGCACCCUCCCCACUGGGCGGCCGCCUUCCAGCACCUGCCGGCCGCCCUGCUGCAGCCCGGCGGCCUGCACGCCGCCGAGGCCGGCCCCUGCAGACUCUCCUCGGACGUGCCCCCGCACGGCUCCGCGCUGCUCACCGCCACCUUCGCCCACGCCGACGCCGCCCUCAGGGUCCCCUCCGCCGGCAGCAUCGCUCCCUGCGUCCCUCCUCUCUCCACCUCCCUGCUGUCGCUGUCGGCCACCGUUCACGGGGCCGCCGCCGUGGCCGCGGCCACCGCCAUCUCGCCGCCGCUGGCCGUGUCCGCCGCGGCCAGCCCGCAGCAGGCCGGCGCCGGGGGCGGCACGAAACCCUACCGACCCUGGGGGACUGAAGUUGGAGCCUUUUAGGUCUGCCCGCACGCACAGCUCGUCCCACUCCAUUCCCCUGCUGUCCCUCUCGGCGUGCGUGUGCUCACGGCCACGAGCCGCACCGGGAGCCGGUGUGCCCUCGCUGCAGGCGUCGGAGAGGACCUGGGGAGACACCUCCUUCUUCUAAUUCUUCUCCGUCUGCCUUGCUGGAGGCACCUCGAGGGAGCAGCAAUGGCUUUUGUAACAGUGCAACCAUACCGUCACGUAGAGGUUUCCUGCAAAAUACGUAGAAAUACGUAGACACUAGAAUUUUACAGUUCUCCAGCUAUGCAUCCUUGUUUGGCAGAGAGGUGAGGGAUUGCAUCUACCAGGUCUCCCCAGGCUAGAAAAGGAGUUGCAGUUUCAUAAGUGCCUGACAUUGAAAAAAUAAUAAAUAUAUAUAUAUAUGUGUGUGUGUGUGUGUUCUGCUAAAACAAAUAACAUUGCACAGGUAUGGACACGGUAUGGGAGAGAGGGGAAAUUCUGCAUUCAACUUCUGAACUAGGAUACUUUUCCAAGGCAGAGCGUGCUCUUGAAGGGGAGAGGUUUUUUUUUAGCCAAAAGAUUGCCGAGGAAGAAUGUUUAGUUUGACAGGCCUAGUUCUCUCUUCCUUAGUUCACUUUCUUUGUACAGACUUGCCAAAUUGUGACGUCUAGCAUAGCAUUGGCAAAAGCAAUUAUCUUAUCAGUGCUGGGAUUAAUGUAUGUUUCAGCACUGCCUGUGAGCCCUGAGGCACCCAUUUUUAUGGCUUAAACAUGGUGCUAGCUCCUAUCUGCACAAACAGUGAAUUUGUCAUGCACCCAGAAGUAACCACCUAUUUAAAGUGUGCACACUUGGACACAGUUGAUUCAUGCCGAUACAAGAGACUCAGUGUUGUAAGAGUUCAACUUAACUUAUUUAGCUGUAUUUGGACAUUUACUUUUAGCCGAUUCAGUGCAAGAUCCCUCUUCUUUUCACUAUCAACUUCUGGGAGAAUGAUCAGUCUGGGUAUGAAUGAAGUUAUGGUAGGGACGAUUUUUAAAUUGGCUAUUAACAUGCCAACAUUGUAAUGUGGGUUUGAUUCCAAACCAAAAUGAAUGUAUUAAUGGGAUGUGAGUAAAUUAUUUUGUCAAUACCCAGAUAACUAGUGCUGCAUCAAAUGGUUUGCUUUCAUUUUUUAUUACAGUGACUUAAAAUAACCUAAGUAUUUUAAUACAACC